GAUGAAGAUAAUCAAAAAUUGUUUUCGAAAGAGCGAAUUUUUGGAUCUUUGUCUGCUUGUUUCGGGAUUUGACAUCUUAUCUGAAAUGAAUCUAUGAUUCAGGAACAGAUACCGCCUGUUUCUUUCGGCCACGUAGAGCCUCCCUGUCUCAGAUCAUCGAAAUGAUUGGCUUCCACUCUACCAACAGACACAACUGCCGCAAAAGACUCAAAUUUGCAUACCUAAUAAAAGCAAUGUCGAUCGUCUCGUAGAUCUCAACAAAACUUGCUUUUUUGAUGAUGUAGGUAUAUAUUCUCUUGACGAUAAAAGAUGAUGUCUCUUCAGGCUUGCGAAAAUGACCGAACUUAGCACUCGCGCAAGAAAGAUUCGAUUGAAGAUGAAGAAACUCGUUCAAAAAGCCAAAGACCACAUACGCUCUGGCUCCUCCUCUUCUCAGACUUCCCCCUUGGAUUCUUCUCGCCCCGUUCAUAAUAUUCAUCAAUCUCGUCCUUCCACCAUCUCUCAGCCCACUCUCCGUGAAAUUCUACGCUACCGUUACCACUUUGGUGUCAAUCUUGGUUCCAUUUUUGUUCUCGAACCUUGGCUCUUCCCUAAAUUUGUAGGAGGAGCAUCUUCGGAGCUCGAUGCUGUAACUUCCUCUGUUAAAAAUAAUGGCGUGGAAGCUACCCGUCAAAAAUGGGAGGGACAUUGGAAAAAUGCGGUUACCGAUCAAGCUUUCGGAUGGUUGGCCAAAUCGGCAAAAGGAACUAGUAUCCGAUUACCAGUCGGGUAUUUUACACUCGGGCCAGAAUUCUGUGUCGGUACACCUUUUGAGAGUGCCAAAGACGUCUAUCAAAAUUCCUGGACGAUAGUCAAAGAAUUCAUCACUCGGGCUCGCGCACUUGGAGUGGGAGUCCUGGUGGACCUCCACGCUCUACCUGGAGGUGCAAACACAGACAUGCAUUCGGGAUCUAGUACCGGGAAAGCAGAACUUUGGAGUUCCAAGAAAAAUCUCGAGCUCGCGAAAAAGGCGCUUUUGUUCAUUGCAAAAGAAUGUAAGGGAUUGGAUGGGGUAAUCGGUAUUCAGCUCUGUAACGAAGCAUGCUGGGAUGCCGGGAAAAAAGGGAUGUAUGAUUUCUACACCUCUGUCAUUCAAUCUAUCUCCGAAGUCGACUCUGAAGUGCCCAUCUAUAUAAGCGAUGCAUGGGAUCUCUCUUCCGCCUUGAAGUGGACCAAAGAACGAGACUGGAGAUCUGGAAAGGUUCCCAGCAACCCUGUCGUCAUCGACACACACAAAUACUAUACGUUUGCAGAGAAGCAUCGCUCACAAAGCGCCCAAGAGCUGGUCCGUCAAAUCCCCAAUGAGCUAGGUGAACUCCCCAAUUGUAGCCCGAGUGCUACACAUAUCUCGUCUGGUGGAGAAACGCAAAUUGUGAUUGGCGAAUACAGCUGCGUUCUUGACGAGAAAAGCUGGGCAAAAUCUCCACCUAGUAUGAAAGAAGAAUUGACUCGAGACUUCGGACGACAUCAAUGCAACAAAUGGACUGAGGGGUGUAGUGCGGGAAGUUAUUUCUGGACAUGGAAAAUGGAGUGGAUGGAUGGAGGUGGAUGGGGGUUUGUGGAACAGGUUAAGAAGGGGAAUAUCGUUGCUCCAGCUUAUAUGGGCUGGUCCGCUAAAGAGAUUAGGGAGAAAUCGAGAAAGGCAUCGGAGCAGAAGAAUGAACUUAUGCAGAAGAUGGUGAAGGACCAUAUAGAUUACUGGACGCAUGAAGAUCCUGGAAAAGAGUUCCGACAUGACUUGUAUGAAAAGGGGUGGGACAUUGGAUGGGAGGACGCAAAGGCAUUUUUUGGUUCGAGGGGAGAACAAGGCGGUGCAGAUAAACUCGGAUCUCUGGAAAUUUGGAUCAAAAAGCGGAUGAUAGAGUCUGGAGAGCGAGGAGAGUUCUUAUGGGAAUGGGAACAAGGAUUUAGAUGGGGUGUCAAGGAGUUUGAGAAUUGUGUUGAGAUAGCUUGAGCUUCAAGCGGGAAGCAGAAAUAUUGCCAAGCUGAAGCUUAUAGGGAAUCAGGACAUAUACUGUGUGUCAUCAUAAUAAUUUUUUAGACCACUGGUACAUUAUUUUUGCUCGAACUCCGUUUAGCUUCAUCUCUCCAAUCACCAAAUUAUGCUCCCAAUUUUCUUGACAGGAGUCCCGACUUGGCCAUGAUAUCUUAGACCACGAUUUGAGCCGGCUAUUGAUCAUAUUAUUCUAUACUUCUCGGCUUCCAGGAUCAUAAUGACUUCGCACGACGACUUCGCACUCCAACGUUUGCAUCCAUGUUUUCCAAAAACGUACCUUCAAUUGUCAUUCCUUUGGGUGGCUGUCUAAUUUCUGACGCCCAACCAAUAUCAUACUCGAAGAUCAGCCGACCAAAAACGAGCUUUACAAGAUGAACUGCGAAGGAACUUCCUGGGCGUGAUUGUUUUCCAUAUCCUCGCCUAUAAACCAAGAGUCAGAUAAUAAUUCAUACAUGCAUCGGAUUUUGAAGGAAGUGACAAACUUACGAAAAAAGGUUUUAAUUUACUGCAGAUGCAUGAACUUUUUUCUCUUUUCCUUGUUGAGAACUCCAGCCCGGUAAAUCUAAAGGCAUUGAAGAUAGACGCAUUUUUAUAGUCAUCGAGAUCCAUGUUAGUGAAGACGGUUGGAAAUACUGUCCGACUAACAUGGCUUUAAGGUAAAGCCACCCGGAAACGUAAGUGUUUCCAUUGCCGUGCAAUGCUCCGAAAAACAGGCUGCAGGAUUGUUUCUGAGACUUUCCCCAAAUGAAACUGUCCAAAUUUUCAAGAGGAUUAAGCAUCUUCUUGUCGCGCCAUCCUUCAUUUUGCCAAAGAGACAGGCCAAUCUCAUUCCAUAGAGGUUCUAGAAAUUCA